GAACUAAAAAGCAGUCGUCAGCGUACGCGCGAGUUUGGAGAGUGUGUAAAAAUAGAUAUUUUCGGUUGAAAUCUACUAUAAUUGUGCCGUUCGCCCAAGUUUUUAAUUGGCAAUAGAAACAUAUACACACAAUUGACAUAAUGGCAGAUAAAAUCGUCGACAGUGAGAUGAAUGGCGAGGAUUUCACCAAGGAUGUUACCGCCGACGUGACGACUUCUGAAAAUGGCGAUGCGGCGGGCGCUGCCGGUUCCACCAAUGGCAGCUCUGACUAUUCAGGGGCUGUGGCGAGCAACCAACGCGAUGACGACAGAAAACUUUUUGUUGGCGGACUCAGUUGGGAAACCUCUGAGAAGGAGCUGCGCGAUCACUUUGGUAAAUACGGUGAGAUCGAGAGUAUUAAUGUUAAAACAGACCCGCAAACUGGACGCUCGCGUGGCUUUGCCUUCAUUGUGUUCACGAACACCGAGGCUAUUGACAAAGUGAGUGCCGCUGGCGAGCACGUCAUUAACAGCAAAAAGGUUGAUCCCAAGAAGGCCAAGGCCCGCCAUGGCAAAAUCUUUGUUGGUGGCCUUACCACAGAAAUAAGCGAUGAGGAAAUCAAAACCUACUUUGGUCAGUUUGGCAAUAUUGUAGAGGUCGAAAUGCCCUUCGAUAAGCAAAAGUCCCAACGCAAGGGCUUCUGCUUCAUAACCUUCGAUUCAGAGCAGGUGGUUACUGACUUGCUGAAGACGCCGAAACAAAAGAUCUCUGGAAAGGAGGUUGAUGUUAAGCGUGCCACACCCAAACCUGAGAACCAAAUGAUUGGUAUGCGCGGAGGUGGUCGCGGUGGUAUGCGAGGUGGACGCGGUGGCUAUGGACGUGGUGGCUACUCUCAUCAGUGGGACGGUCAGGGCUCGUACUCUGGUUAUGGCGGCUAUGGCAGUUAUGGAGCCGGUGGUUAUGGCGACUACUAUGCCGGCGGCGGCUACUAUAACGGAUAUGACUACGGUUAUGGUGGCGGCGGCGGCGGCGGUGGCUUCAAUGCGGGCAAGCAGCGCGGUACAGGACGUCAGCCAAGGCAUCAGCCGUACUAGACGCCUCCUGGGAGCCUAGUCCUCUACUUAUACUGCAAACUACAUGAAAUUUACUUAGUUUAGUUUCUUAUGCACUCUACUGCAUAUACUAAAAUACAACAACAUGAACACACACUUAAGUACACCCGCAUGCAUAUACUUAUAUAAGCCGACUGCAAAACGGAAAUCAUUCUCAUCAUCAAUAACCAUAACGUUGAAGCCGUGGCGCAUCAUUCAGGAUUGUAGACACUUGGUCUAACACCAUUCCACCAGCAGCAGCAGCAACAAGAACAGCAACUACUUAAGAAAUUAUAGCAACAGGACUACAACUAGCAAGUUGAGAGAGAUAUUGAAAGAGGAGAGCUUAAGGCAUUUGGGCAUCGCGGUCCCUGCCAACGCCAACACACAUCCACACAUAUGUUAGACAUGUAAUUUUUCAGCAAGUGGCCAAUUUUUCAUGGCCACACGCUCAUUAAGCAAAUAACCAACCAACAAACAAACCGACCACCGCUAGCACCACAACAGCAACAACCACCACCAUCAUCACCACAACAAGCAACAACAACAACAAUUGCAGAGCUCAUCAGCGGUCUUUGAGGAGAGACAGACGCCCACAACGCCGUUCUCCGUGUCAAACUAAUUUGUUUUUGGAAUGUAGUUGAUACAUUAUGCAGAGUAACGGUUUAAUUUGCUAAAUAUAACUAAUUUCUAAGCACCUCAGCCGAAACAAAAACAACAACAACAAACAAGAUAUACAAGCAGCUCAUACAUCAGCAAUGUUUAAUAGCUACAAUAUACAAUACAAUAGACAUUAAGUAUUUGUUUAAAUUUAAUUAUGAAUAACUGUAAUAGGUAAUAAUAAUAUAAUAUAUUAUGUAAAAAUAAAUGCAGCAAGCUAACGAGCUGGCAGAUCGAAUGGGCGAAGACAUCGUCCAUAUGAACUAUAAACAAA